GGAGCACUGGAUGUUAUGGCUGCGAUGCCUUCUUCAAAGUUAGCAGCUAACGGUCACGGAGGUCUGUCUCAGGUAGCCGCUCCAUAUGAUGUGCCUGGAACUGACAUUGUCGACCAGAACUUUACGCGGCUCUUUCACAUCCCUCCUGAUUUCAUUCAUCAGCUAGCUGCGCAAACUGGCUAUGUUAACUACGAACCAACAACUUCCACACUGUCUCCAUACUACUUGUAA